AAAGUUUGGGAGAGAAGUUGGGUCGGUGCUGAGUGUGUGAGCGAGGGGGGCGGGGGCCUGGGAGAGUGGGGCUGCCGGGCGAGUCGACGCGUGAACAGAUAGACCUGCGGACCGGACAGCCGCGGCCGUAGGCACUUCUAGCCCCGCUUAACCCCUGAUGCGCGAGGGGACGCAACCCCUCUCGCUGGGGGAUGCUGCGGGAUUCUUGGCGCCGGGCAUCCGGGGCGCCCGCUAAACCCCUGUGCCUAUCCUGUGCCCCUGGGGAAGCGAAGUCCGGCCGCAGGGAAAGAGAGGCGGCCGCCGAGACGCUGCAGGGUGCCGGGCGGGGAGGGGGCUGGAGGCCCCAGGCCCGAGGGCAUGGAGCGGUUAGGGGAGAAAGCCAGUCGCCUGCUGGAGAAGUUAAGACUCUCGGACUCCGGCAGCGCCAAGUUCGGCCGCAGAAAGGGUGAAUCUAGCAGGUCUGGGUCUGAUGGGACCCCCGGGCCGGGCAAGGGGCGCCUGAGUGGGUUGGGGGGACCUAGGAAAUCAGGGCCCCGUGGAGCUACUGGGGGACCUGGGGAUGAGCCGUUGGAGCCAGCCCGGGAGCAAGGCCCCCUGGACGCUGAGCGGAACCCUCGCGGCUCCUUUGAGGCGCCGCGCUACGAAGGCUCCUUUCCCGGGGGGCCGCCUUCCACCCGGGCCUUGCCUCUACCUCAGUCAUUGCCCCCCGACUUUCGGCUGGAGACGGCCCCAGCCCUAAGCCCCCGCUCCAGUUUCGCCAGUAGCUCAGCCAGCGACGCGAGCAAGCCGUCCAGCCCCCGGGGCAGUCUGCUGCUGGACGGGGCGGGGGCUGGUGGAGCCGGAGGUAGCCGACCCUGCAGCAACCGUACCAGCGGCAUCAGCAUGGGCUACGACCAGCGCCACGGCAGCCCCCUGCCCGCCGGGCCAUGCCUGUUUGGCCCACCUCUGGCCGGGGUUCCGGCGGGCUAUUCCUCUGGAGGGGUGCCGUCCGCCUACCCCGAGCUCCACGCUGCCCUGGACCGACUGUGCGCUCAUCGGCCCGCGGGGUUCGGCUGCCAGGAAAGCCGCCACUCGUAUCCCCCAGCCCUGGGCAGCCCGGGAGCUCUGGCCGGGGCCGGAGUGGGAGCGGCGGGGCCCUUGGAGAGACGAGGGGCGCAACCCGGACGACACUCGGUGACUGGCUACGGGGACUGCGCCGCGGGCGCCCGAUACCAAGAUGAACUAACAGCGUUGCUGCGCCUGACGGUGGGCACGGGUGGGCGAGAAGCCGGCGCCCGCGGGGAACCCUCGGGGAUUGAGCCGUCAGGUCUCGAGGAGCCGCCAGGUGCGUUCGUUCCAGAGGCCGCCCGGGCCCGGAUGCGGGAGCCGGAGUCCAGAGAGGACUACUUUGGCACCUGUAUCAAGUGCAACAAAGGCAUCUAUGGGCAGAGCAACGCCUGCCAGGCCCUGGACAGCCUCUACCAUACCCAGUGCUUUGUUUGCUGCUCCUGUGGGCGAACUUUGCGCUGCAAGGCUUUCUACAGCGUCAACGGCUCUGUGUACUGUGAGGAAGAUUAUCUGUUUUCAGGGUUUCAGGAGGCAGCUGAGAAAUGCUGUGUCUGUGGUCACUUGAUUUUGGAGAAGAUCCUCCAGGCAAUGGGAAAGUCCUAUCACCCCGGCUGCUUCCGAUGCAUCGUUUGCAACAAGUGCCUGGACGGCAUCCCCUUCACUGUGGACUUCUCCAACCAGGUGUACUGUGUCACCGACUACCACAAGAAUUACGCUCCUAAGUGUGCGGCCUGUGGCCAACCCAUCCUCCCCUCAGAGGGCUGUGAGGACAUUGUGAGGGUGAUAUCCAUGGACCGAGAUUAUCACUUUGAGUGCUACCACUGCGAGGACUGCCGGAUGCAGCUGAGUGACGAGGAAGGCUGCUGCUGCUUCCCUCUGGAUGGGCACUUGCUCUGCCACGGCUGUCACAUGCAGCGGCUCAAUGCCCGACAGCCCCCUGCCAAUUAUUGGGUUGGCCAAAAAGUUCCUUCGGUUUUUAAGUAAAAAUAAAAGACACAUUUUUCAUUUUCACCAAGAACUUUGUUGGACAGUGUAGUCACUGUUUUGUUCCACUACCUUCUACCAUUUUCCAGGCAACUUCAUAAUUCCAUCUUCCCAAAACUAUCUUUUUGAGCAAAGAACUGUUCCAGGUGCCUUUUACAGUCUUCCAGGGAAUUGAAAUUUUUUCCAUUAAGAGAAUUUUGUAAAGACCGAAAUAAAUGGAAAUCCAAAGGUGCAAUGUCUGGUGAAUACAGUGGAUGAAUCAGAACUUCCCAGCCAAGCUGUAACAGUUCUUGCCUGGUCAUCAAAGAAACACGCGGUCUUGCGUUAUCCUGAUGGACGAUUAUGCAUUUUCUGUUGACUGAUUCCGGAUGCUUUUCAUCGAGUGCUGCUUUCAGUUGGUCUAAUUGGGAGCAGUACUUGUUGGAAUUAAUCAUUUGGUUUUCUGGAAGGAGCUCGUAGUAAAGGACUCCCUUCCAAUCCCACCAUAUACACAACAUCACCUUCUUUGGAUAAAGUCUGGGCUUUGGUGUGGUUGGUGGUAGUUCAUUUCGCUCGCCCCACGAUCUCUUCCAUUCCACGUUAUUGUACAGUAUCCACUUUUCAUCACCCGUCACAAUUUGUUUUAAAAACGGAACGUUUUCGUUACAUUUCAGUAGAGAAUCGCAUGCGGAAAUAUGGUCAAGAACGUUUUUUUUCCGCUUAACUUAGGUGGAACCCAAACAUCAAAGCAAUUAACAUAACCAAGCUGGUGCAAAUGAUUUUCAACGCUUGAUCUGGAUAUUUUGAAUAUGUCAGCUGUCUCCCUCGUUGAUUGUUCUCAGUUAAUGUCUUGAUUUGAUUGCUAUCAACUUCAACUGGUCUACCCAACCGUGGAGCAUCGUCCAGCGAGAAAUCUCCAGCACGAAACUUCGCAAACCACUUUUGACACGUUCGAUCAGUCACAGUACCUUCUCCAUACACUGCACAAAUCUUUUUUUGCGUUUCAGUUGUGUUUUUACCUUCCUUGAAAUAAUAAAGCAUAAUAUGCUGAAAA